GGGCCCUUAAAUAGCAUGUCGAUCAUUGGGCUGGGCAUUCAGUUAGUCGCGAUAAUCCAAUCCGCCAACAUGAAGUCCCUGGCCGUUUUUGCCUUAGUGCUGGUGGCUGUGGCCACAGCUUCCAUCGUUCCACAGAAGGAAGAACGCGUGGUUGGCGGAUCAACUGCAGCGCUUGGUCAGUUCCCGUACGCAGUCGGCCUCCUCACCCGUAUCAACAUCCUGAUGUCCGGUCAAUGCGCAGGAGCAUUGCUGUCUAACCGUUUCAUUCUGACCUCGGCCAGCUGCGUCAAUGGAAUCCAAAGUGCCGUUGCCGUUAUCGGUGGACUUCGUAUCAACGAUGCCAACGAGUCGGGUCAAAUUCGCAUGACUGUUACUCAGUUCAUCGUUCACAAUGGGUACAUUGAAGGUACCGAUGACUUCGAUGUCGCCUUUGCCGUCUUGCCGAUCCCGAUCAGCUUCUCGGAAAAUGUCCGGCCAGUUCGUUUGCCAAACCGUCGCCAAGUGGCGGCCACUUUCGUUGGACAGCAAGGAACCUUCAUGGGAUGGGGACGGUUCGGCGAGGGUACCAGCAACUCCGAUGUUCUACGUUUCGGAAGGUCACAGGUCAUUACGAACCUGUCGUGCCGAUUGAGCUUGCCGACGAACUCCAUUCUGGAUGAGCACAUCUGUACGGAAGGUGUCAAUGCGGCCACUGGACAAGGAUCGCCCUGCCAGGGAGACAGCGGUGCUCCGUUGACCAUUACGGACGCCGACGGAAUCACCACCCUGAUUGGAGUGUUCUCGUUCCACUCGGUUUUGGGUUGCGAUGGAGGCCGGGCAGCGGUAUUCACUCGCAUUUCUGCGUAUCUCGAUUGGAUUGAGAACAACUCGGACAUUGUGAUCCAGGAUAAUUUCCAAUAAUCUCCUUUAGUAUCUUAUAUUUAAUUGAUAGUUAAUAAAUAAAAAAAUAAUCGUAAAA